AUGAGCAACACGGCAGACCCUUCGUUCCGAGAGGUGAAGGCGCGGCAGGGCGGCCCUUCGACUCGCGCCGCCGACUUGUUCCGUCUUGAUGGUCGCACAAUUAUCAUAACUGGCGGUGCUGGCUAUUUGGGCGUCGAGGUUGCUCAGGCGGUCCUGGAGGCUGGAGGUAACCCUGUGUGCCUCGACAUUGUCACGAGUCCUCCGAGCGAACCCUGGAACCAAUUGGUAAAACUCGCCUCUAGAUUUGGCCUGCAAUUAUCGUACUAUCACUUAGACGUAACCGACGGGAGCAGCACCACGGCUGUGUUCCAACAGCUCGUGCCGACCCUCAAAUAUCCCAUACGAGGCCUUGUAGCCUGCGCCGGCGUGUCCGACAAUGAUCCGGCACACGAGUUCUCUAUCGAGCGCUUCCGCCGCCUCAUGGAGAUCAACGUCACCGGCACAUUCGCAGCGGCUCAAGCUGUGGCUCUGGAGAUGAAGAAGGCCAAUGUGGACGGCAGCAUGGUCUUGGUUGCAAGUAUGAGCGGCACAAACGUCAACAGGGGAGUCGACACGGCCGCGUACAACUCUUCCAAGUCUGCAAUCUUGCAACUUGCGCGGUCGCUGGCGGCUGAAUGGGGAUCGCGGAAGGGCAUGCCUCUAAUUAGGGUCAACAGCCUAUCGCCAGGAUACAUUAGGACCCCCGCUACUGCUGAGGCACUGCGUAAGCCUGGCAUGGAGAGUCAGUGGAUGGGAGACAACAUGCUGUACCGACUGAGCUCUGUGGACGAGUUCCGAGGUCCGGUGCUGUUCCUUUUGGGAGAUGCGAGCAGCUUCAUGACGGCGGCAGACCUCCGGGUCGACGGCGGCCAUUGUGCAUGGUAG